AGCUCUAGGCCGGACCCACCGCUGAGAUGGGAUCUAAAGGCGGUCCUAAAAAGCUGAAUAAGGCGAAGUCCAUAACCCUCACAGUCACCGAGUCUAUCCCGUCUUCCUCAGUACUCACCGAAGUUACACACGAUCCGUAUCAGGAGCUCAGGUACUCCCCAACCUACCAGCGACUCUCACCCACAUUUGAGCUCCCUCCCACCACAAGGCAAGUUUUUGUCUUAAAAAAGAAACCCAGCCCCCGAGAAUCCGCGCAAGAUGCGACCAUCAGCGACUCAGCAGCGCCCAAUGACCCACCAGCGCCCAAUGACCCACCAGCGCCCAAUGACCCACAAGCGCCCAAUGACCCACCAAGGGUGCCAAUUGACCCGCGAAUGUCUACUGUGCCGAAAGGGGCCAAUAGUCAGAGACCAUCUGCCCUGCCCCGAAUGUCCAUUGAGCCGAGAUCCAAAGAGCUUUCAAAGUCGAGCGUGUGUGAUAAGCGACCACGACACGCCAGGCUGAAAGAAAAAGAAGUCCUGAUGCUGAGCACUGAAAUUGUCAACCACAAGCCCAUGACUAGAUGGGUUGCGCCAUCGGAACUUCCCGCUGAGCCGGAGCCGAUUCAAGUUCUGAAGCACAUCAAACCCACGGGCUUUUACCUCAACCGUCAGUUGGAGGAAAGCCAGAGGAAACAAGCCAAUCACCUGGCACGAUUUGAGAAGCGAAAGACGAACAGUUGAAGCAAGAAAACUACAUCAUGGCUGUAACAGGCAAGUACCGCGAGAGUCUGCUGCUACGGAAAAAACAACUUCUGCCCAAUAUUUUACCGUGCGGGGAGGAAAGGUCUAUCAUGCGUAUGGAGAGAGCCGUCUGUACCGGCACGGAGUCGGAGCGAGGUUUUGUGAACGUACCGAGAUGUACCAAAUAUGGCCUGAUCCCCAUCAAGACGAAGAGGGAGAAAGGCUUUACCAUAGAGACGGACUGGAUUGGCUGUCCUGAGGUGACUGACGUCAUAUUCAACAAGCUGGGCAUAUCUGCCCGAUCUGUGAACCAGCUGCCCUUCACGUGCCCCCAGUGGGGGUGUGGGGGGUUUUUCCCGUCUAUGCCGCAGCUGGGGAUCGUCAACAGGGUGGAGCACCCGCCGGAGCCCUUCUUGACUGGGACGCCGACGCAGGAUGAACUGAAGGAGCCGUCCUACUCCCCCACAACCCACACGCAGAGGGGCGGCACGCAGGAGAUCGUGGAUGAAGGGGUGCAGUGUCACGUGGGUCUGGUGCUUGGCAACGCCGACAUGACCUGGUCCCAAGAGCCUGAGAGGAAGCUGAAGACUUGGAUCAUUGAGAUGGGAUGCGUGGCCAGCUUAGGAAAGAACGGAAUCAGCUCCAUAAAAAUGACAAACACCGGCACUACCGCUAUAUAUUUUAACUGGCAGUUGAAAGAAAGGCCCGAUACAUUUCAGCUGGAUAAAUAUAAAGUCGUCAGGUUUGUCUUCGAUAACGGUGGAGGUGUAAUACUUCCAGGUGAGACCUUCAGGGUGCCGUUUGUUUACAGAAGUAUCGAGCGGGGGUUCUACUCACAGGACUGGCUUCUGGUGACACGGCCAGUCCUUGAAAAUGGCGCCGAGAUCAUCCUGCGACUGUGGGGCAUCACCCAUGUCAUGUACAUGUACAGGGACGCUGUGUUAGCCAUUGACAAAAUGCUGGAGAAACGACAGGGCAACGCCAUCGUCGAACACAGAGUGGAGAAAAUUAUCAACUACCUGCCGCUCAAAGAGGUCCCAUUAAAUGAGAAAAGAUUUCUAAUCGUUCACGAAGGACCGGACCUGUUCAGUGUGUUGAACCCAAGAUUUAAAUACCACACGGCAGAAGUCUUUCGUCUGGGUAAAAUGCUGGAGGUUCUGGAAUUAACAAAACAGAAGCAAGAGAUGGAGCAGAAGUUCAGCUUCCUAAAGAACAUCGUCCUCGACACGAGCAUCAAGGCGUUUGGUACCUCGUCAGACAGCGUAUCUGAACAGCCAGACAGCACUGUCGCCGAGUCCACCACAGCGGAUGAACAAACGGAAGACGAGGACAUGUACACCACCCACGAAGAAGACGAAGAAGAUGAUGAGUAUGUGAAAGACGAUACGACCGUGGAGGAAGAGGAAGCGGCGGAAGAGUACCCCCGGCUGAAACAGACGGGAGACUUGAGCGUCAACGUGAUGAUCUGGGCAAACUUCCUGGAGAGGAAGUGCAACCCGGACGCCAAGAGCUACAAGAGACACCUGCAGAGUAAACACGAGGCUAUGUCCAGCUCGAGGCUGAGGGUGGCCCCCGUCAACCUGACCAACUACAACUUCUCUGUGGACGAGCUGCGGACCAAAAUCUUAAACAUCGAGAGCAGCGAGCAGCAGGAGGCCUUCUACGACUUGUUCGCUGAGGAGACCGAGAAGCUGUUGUUUAGUCCUUUCCUGGCUGAUUUGAAUUGGAAGAAGCUUGUGGUUGGCUCAAUGUUUGGGGAACUGUUGGUCACGUUUGAGGAGUUCGCCACAACUUUAAAGGCUAAAUGCCUAGAAGGUCAGGCCCAGGAGCAGAUGAAUGCGGCGAGGAGCGAGUCUAUGGAUGUAGCGAGUGAUGAGGGUUCUACCAAGGAGGCGCUGCCCUCUGAAUCCAAGGAGCCGUUGCCCACUGAAACUUUGCUCACCAAAAGUGCUAGUAGAGUGUCCAGCAGGAAGAAUACAAACGCUGAUUUAAGUCGACGAAGUACAAACGUGUCAUUUACUCCAAAAACUCAAUCCGAUACACUCUUGCCCAAAGAGGUCGUCACUCUAUCGCCGUACAGGUACAAAAAUCAAUAUUACGACAGGCUUUACUGCAGAAUGUACCAGCUUCUCUCCGAGCUUGUUGAUAAAAUGGAUACAUUGUUCGCACAGCACACCAGUAACCUGAAGCUGGACCCCGAGAAUCUGAACUUCACCAAGGUACGAGAUAUCCCGCUCAGCUCGGUCCGCCCCGAGGACAUGCUAGAGGCACCCCUGCCCCCGGCCUGGGUGCGAAUGGCACAACGAAUGGACACCGUCCAGUCAUCCAUCAAAGAGCGACGAAACAGCAUUGACCUUUAGACUGUUUUGUUUACCUGUUUUGAUAGAUAUAUAUGUAUACACUAAUACACUGUUUUGUUUACUUGUUUUGAUAGAAAUAUAUUUACA